GCUGCUUGUGCUGUGUUCUCUUGAUUUCCUUUGUCCCGACAUGGUCCUUGGGAAGCGCGACCGCUUUGAUGGCUGAGCCGUUGCUGCAGCAUGUGCCACUGUGGGCUCAGCGUAGCAGUUCUGAGAUCACCCUUGCCAAACGCCUUCGUUUGGAGCUGGCCAUUCGCUUGGCAGAAUGCAGAGGAGAUGUCACUGACUUUAUGACAUCUUUUGCGCUCAAGAAGUGCCUUGAUGCACGCACGGCUUUGACAUUCUUCCGGUUGCUCCGAGAUGCUGUGCGUCAAGGAGAGCAACGAUUUUCUUUGGAUGAUAUUAGCACAAGUGAGGAGAGCUGUUUGUCCACACUAGCACAGCGACGGUCUGUACAUCGGCGGAGGGCAUCAGAUGAUAGUUCUGAGGAAGGUCUGGAGGGAGGGAGAGAUUUCUCUGACUCUGAGCUUUCUGGUGAAGAGGCACCAGAGAAGGAACCACAGCUGCAGGUCACACCACAACUUGCAGAUUUGGGUGUGGAGGCCACAACCGAGGAGCUCAAGACUGAGUGGUAUCCAUCACACCUCUGGGAGACAGAAAGCUCUCAUGUGCUCCCAGGAACCCCCGGCUUCAACAGGCGAGCAACCAAUGUCCUGCGGCGAGCGGGUCUUGGCCAACCGCCAAGUCAGAAGAGCGACUCAAGACCGUUGCAACCGCACCAGGAAAUCGUUCGUUUCCUCGUGCACCCUGCAAGCCCUGUCCAACGAUUGCUGGUGGAUCACCCGACUGGAUCUGGAAAGACAAGAGAGAUGGUCAGCAUUCUUGAGAACUUCUUCUACGACCAGCGCCCCAAAAUAGCAAUUUUUCCAAAAGCCGCCAUUUGCCGGAAUUUCUACAGAGAGCUUCUCCGGUGGCCCAACCGCUACCGUGACUACUUCUGUUGCCAGCGACCGGUGGAUGCCACCCAGGCGUCGGGCGGAAUCUGGCAAAAUGCACGGCACGAGGUGUGGGAUCUGACAAGGCUCCCUGAGGAAACAGUACGACAUUUGAUCCGCUCCUUUCGGGAAGUGCUGGAGAUGAAGGGACAAUCAUUUCGAGGAUUGAUGCGCAAAUCCUUCAGAGCUGAAUUCAAGGAGCUUGGCAGCAAGCCGACACCGUUAACAGCAAGAUGGUGAGGAAAGGGACCAUAUAUACCCGUUUGAUCCCAAUAGUAUGACACGUAAAUUGCUCGUUUAUACUCCACACUUGCAACUGAGGUGCAAGAUGUCGGUUCAAACAAACCACCCAAAAGAAUCCAAAAUUUGAUGGAGUUGGCAAGUUGGCUAUGAGUCACACAUUUGAUUGUUCAAGAUGAGGCCAGAAAUCCUGGCGAACCAAUGCCUUUGUCACCACUGGUGGCAAUUAGCUAUGCCUCUGCGGGUGGUUCCUACGCUGCCAUGACCCAUGGCCAGCAUGGCCAGCCGGU